AUGCAAACAGCCAAUGCCAAGAACUAUGAUGUCGUCCACGUGGUGUCUGCAAUUUGUGCCGCCAUAUUCCUGUUAUAUCUGCCGGUCAGGCUCCGGGAGCUUCGUACCUCGAGCAUCAAAAAUGUCGAGGGCUGGCGAGGGCUGCUUAAAGCGGCUAUUGGGACGUUGUUGUCCAUCACCCUAUUGGCAUACUUGGUGACACUUAUGACCGCAUCCCCAUCCGUAUUACAACUGGAAAUGACUCUCGUUGCCUCGCUUGCAGUUUCCUUGGUUGCGGCGUUAGCCCUGACUCUGCUUUUGUGGCUUGAGCAAAAGCGGACUCUCAAACCAUCAGAUCUGGCAACGCUGUACCUCGUCGCAUCCACACUCUGCGACGUCGUGCUUCUGACCAUCCCCUGCGAGGCCACCAUACACGCCGGAACCUCACAUCCUGUGCUGGCUCGGUUUCUCCUGCAUUUGACGCUCUUGAUAUUCGAGUGUUUCGGCACGCAGCCGACAUCUACUGUUCUCGACCCGGCGCAGCCCCCCGAGGAGCUCAAUGGCGUCCUGGGCAGGGUCUUCUUCAACUGGAUGAAUCCUAUCCUUCUCCACGGCUACAAAAACACCCUUGUCAUUCAAGAUCUACCUCCUCUCAGCCGAGAUGUAAAACCGAAAAUCAUCAGAACGACGGUGCUCCAGGCGUGGGACCAGCGAGUCAAGCCCGAGACAAAACGAACAUUGCCUCGGGCGUUAUUAGAGUGCAUCAAACAACCCCUCAUUGCUCCUGUCAUGCCUCGAUUGUUUCUGAUUGUCUUCCGAUACUCCCAACCUCUCCUGAUCAAACGGUCCAUCAAAUAUGUCACGACGGCUUCCACCGGCACGUCGAGCACCUAUGGUUAUUGGCUCAUUGUGUCAGCCGUGGCCAUCUACAUCGGGCUUGCGGUAUCGACAGCGAUAUAUUGGUAUCGGCUGAACACACUCAAGCUUGUGACGAGGAGUGCCCUCGUAGGACUCAUUCACGAUAAGACGAUGAACUCGUAUAACAUAACCUACGAUAAUGGCGAAGCGGUCGCUCUUAUGAGCACCGACGCAGAUGGCCUCGACGGCAUAGCAGAGAUGUUCCACGAAACAUGGGCACAAGUCCUGGAAGUCAUGGUUGGCCUGGCCCUGCUGGCUGGAGAGGUGGGCUGGAUUUGGCCCCUCCCACUCCUCCUCAUCUUUCUGUGCUCCCGCGUGAGCCGCUACGUUGCCAAACACUUGCAGUCCCGCCAAAAGGCUUGGAACAGAGCAACUCAAAGUCGCGUAGCAGCUACGACAUCCACGCUAGGCUCAAUGAAAGCAGUCAAGAUGCUUGGCUUUCAGCAUCAUCUCGCCACCCGGAUACAGGAGGUUCGGAAAGAGGAGCUCUCGGCUGCAUCGGAAGUCAGAUGGAUGAUGGUAUACUACAAUGCGAGUGCUAAUGCGCUCGGCAUCUUCUCCCCGGCCAUCACGUUGGCCCUCUUUGCCGUCAUUGCCGCUGCGCGUGGUCGCAACUUCGAAACCGAGACUGCCUUUACCACGAUUGCCAUCCUUGGUAUGGUUACGCAUCCCGCAAACAUGGUCAUGACCAUUGUGCCACGCGCAGUGGCGGCAUUCUCCGGGUUCGACAGAAUCCAGAGCUACCUUCUACGGCCACAUUUACAUGACCAUCGAGGGUCCCUGCAAGGAGCCACCACCUCAAGCAGUUUGUCUGGUGGCCCAGCGUCGGGCCAGUUGGCGAAGCCUGGCCCAGUCAUCCUGAUCCAAGACCUAAUGGUCGGCGGAGAGCAGCCAAUAUUGGAGGGUGUAAGCCUCGAGCUGGCUCCCGGAUCGCUCGCCAUCAUCUCGGGCCCGGUGGGGAGCGGCAAGUCGACCUUGCUACGUGCCAUGCUUGGUGAGAUAACCCCUACCCGAGGCCAUGUCAAGUUGUCGACCAAGCGGAUAGCGUAUUGCGCUCAAACCCCCUGGCUCCCCGAUGGCAGUAUCAGAGAGGUAAUACAUGGCCCCACUGACCAAGUUGAUUCCCGAUGGUAUCGUGAGGUUGUCGAUGCAUGUUGUCUCGCACAUGACUUGAAUUCACUUCCAGACGGGGAUGAGACUCAGGUUGGGAGUAGGGGGCUCAACCUGUCUGGAGGACAGAGGCAGCGGGUGGCGCUCGCGCGUGCCUUAUUUUCAAGAUGCACCAUAGUCCUGCUCGAUGACAGCUUCAGCGCGCUGGACGGUGAAACCGAGGCCAAAGUAUGUGACAACUUGUUCGGGCCCACGGGGCUAUUUCGGAAACUGAAAUCAACCGUCGUGCUUGUUAGCAACUCGACCAACUACUUUCCAACUGCUGACCAUAUCGUCAUCCUCGGCAACCAUGGGGUCAGAGACCAAGGCAGCUGGGAAGAUAUCAAAGUAAAAGCUGCUACAAUCGCAAAAUUCGUCUCAGACAGUCACCAUGGCAGCAAAAAAGACACCACACUGUCACCGGGCCUGGAUAAACUCCACGCUCAGGUUCGAGGAAGGGACGAAGCUGAAGUUGAUCUUUCCAGGAAGACCGGAGACCUUGCUCUCUACGAAUACUAUUUCCGCUUUGUCGGCUGGAUCAAUCUUCUCCUCGUUUUUGGAUGUACUGCCUCUUACUCUCUCUUCAUAACCAUCCCGCAAUACUGGCUUCGGCUGUGGACCGAGUCGAGUGGCAAUGACGCCGUCUUCUGGUACAUUUGCGGCUUCCUACUUCUCUCGCUUAUAUCAUGGACGUCGACGAAUGGCAUCAUGUGGUCAACGGUCAUCCGACUCGCACCACAAUCUGGGAUGCGGCUCCAUCAACACCUCCUAAAUAUUGUGGCCAGCGCACCCUUAUCCUUCUUCUCCACAACCGACAUUGGCUCGAUCUUGAAUCGAUUUAGUCAAGACAUGCAGCUUAUCGACAAGCAGCUGCCAUCAGCAUUGGCAAAUAUGGGAACCCAAAUCUUCAAGCUCUUCAUGCAGGCCAUUCUUUUGUUCACGGCUCAGAAAUGGCUCGCAUUAUCCCUUCCAGCCUGCAUCGCCUUGGUCUACGUCAUCCAGAAGGUCUACCUCAGGACGUCCCGACAGCUUCGGUUCCUCGAGCUGGAGUCCCGCGCCGCAGUCUUCUCAAGCUUUUUGGAAUCAGUCGAUGGCCUCGAGACGAUGCGCUCGUUUGGCUGGCGCAGAGAGGUCGUGGAAGAAAACAUUACUCGCCUCGAGGACUCCCAGCGCCCCGAGUUCCUUCUGCUUUCUCUCCAGAGGUGGCUCAACAUUGUCCUAGACCUCAUAGCUGCGGCCAUCGCGACGGGCGUCAUCGCGAUCGCCGUCGCUCUGCGAGACUAUAUCAGCGGUGGCCAGGUGGGACUUGCUCUCAACAUCAUGCUCGUAGCGAACACGACGCUGCUGCGGCUGGUGGAGUCAUGGACCACGCUGGAGGUUUCCCUCGGCGCCGUUUCCCGCCUCAGGGUUCUCGAGAAGAAUACUCAGUCCGAGAUCAGUGCCGACGAGGAUCUUGAGCCUCCCAGCAGCUGGCCUUCAAGGGGACAGAUCGAAUUCAAGAGUUUCACUGCGUCAUAUCGCACCAAUUCUACCGCCUUACGAGACGUGAGCUUGCGCAUCAAUGCAGGCCAAAAGAUCAUUCUCUGCGGGCGCACAGGCAGCGGCAAGACCUCGCUGCUCCUAGCCCUCCUGCGAAUGCUGGAGCCGCAUUCGGGCACCAUCGAGGUCGACGGCGUCGAUCUCGGCCGAGUCCCCCGAGAUCUGCUCCGCCGGCGCUGCUUCGUGACCGUGGCCCAGGAUGCCCUGCUCCUGCCGAACGAGACCCUGCGCUUCAACCUGGACCCGGAUUCCUCGGCGUCGGACGACGCCGUCGUUGGCGCCCUCGUGGCAACGGGGCUCUGGCCGCACUUUGCCCGGGGGGGCGCCGCGGGGCAGGGAUGGGCGGGCGCGGAGACCGUUGGCGGGAAUCCGAUACUCUAUGGGGAGGUCUCCUCUUUUCGGGAGCUCUCGGUAGGGCAGUGCCAGCUCUUUGCGCUGUGCCGGGCUAUGGUCAGAGCCGGCGUGCUCCGGGAUGCGGGAGCGCUGCCUGUGGUUCUCUUGGAUGAGGUCACUUCUGCCCUUGAUCCUGCUACGGAAUCGACCAUACACCGAGUCAUCGACCAGGAGUUCACUGGUAUGGGCCACACUGUCAUUAUUGUUGCUCAUAAACUCAGUGUUUUAUCCGAGCAUGCAAGACCUGGCAGAGAUGUUGUGGUCUGGAUGAGAGAUGGUCAGCUGCAGGAAAUCGUCACUGACCUAGUCGCAACAACGUUGGAGAAUCUUGGUGGAAACAACUAAAGGACGGAUGUGUUGUGUUAUCGUAUGAGACGAGGCUUGCACUUCCUUAUCAGCUAGAUUUUCCGCGUCGCAUCAACUCCGACCUUACCAUGAG